AUGGGUGCCAUCUGGAAUCUGCUUCCCCUCAUCAUCCUCUUUGUCGUGGUUGGCGCAUUCGCUUUCGUCGGCUACCAGGUCAGACCUCCCUUGUCCACUUCCGCCUACGCGCAAUGGCAACUGACACAGCUCGAANNGAUGUACCUCUGGACCAACGAUCUCGCCGANCAAGGGAAAAAGACAAUGGAGAAGAAGAACGUCAUGUUCACAAAAGACGGCAUGAAAGUCGGCGUCAAGGAGAUCAGUGAAGAGGAAUCUGCAGACAGGACACAGAAGUGCGUUUUCUUCCCUUCUUCAUGCCCUUCACACAACAUCUCGGGACACAGCGACAUCAUCCUGGCCGUAGAGCUUUUUGCUGACUGUACAUUACGAACNAGCUUGCUGGUCAACACAUGGAACCAAAGUUCCUUCCCUGCAUACAAGAGCAGAUUCUGGAACAUGGAUGGACAGGCCAAAAACAAGGCUACUUCUUCGGGCAGAGCUUCACGUGCUUGA